AUGUCAGUUCUCCUGGCCACUGGCCUUCUGGCCGCCCUUGCUGCGUCGCCCGUGUCGGCGUUCUGGCGACUGCCUUGCAAAUCUCCCAUCGUGGUCGAGCGGGCCGAUCCCAUCAUCAGUCCUGGUAAAGUUUCGAAUCAUCUGCACACCAUCAUGGGAGGCAACGGGUUUGACUUUACGAUGGACUACAACUCAACCCAAAAAUCCACCUGUUCAUCUUGCACUGUGACUGGAGAUAACAGCAACUACUGGACGCCGACGUUGUUCUUCCAGCACCAGAAUGGCACCUUUGAGAGUGUCAACCAGAUCGGGGGUGCUACUGUCUACUAUCUGCAACGAAAGGGUGACGGCGAGACCCUGAAGGCUUUCCCACCCGGUUUCCGUAUGGUUGCGGGCAAUCCUUUCAAGCGAACUGCUGGCGACGACUUCGCCAGUCAAGCCGUCAGCUACGCUUGUCUCAACUAUAACGGCCCUGCGAAGGCCGAAACCCCCAUGUUUCCCAACUACGGCUGUCCCGAUGGCCUUCGAGCCCAAGUGUUCUUUCCUUCCUGCUGGAAUGGCAAGGACCUUGACACUGCAGACCACAUGUCCCAUAUGUCUUACCCCAUACAAUCCUACAAUGGUGGUUCAUGUCCUCCUGAAUUCCCUGUCCAUCUUGUUUCUAUCUUCUACGAGAUCAUCUGGGAUACAGGCAAAUUCAGCGACCAGUGGUAUGGAGACAAUCAGCCCUUCGUUUGGUCGAUGGGCGAUCCUACUGGGUAUGGUGGGCACGGUGACUUUGUUAUGGGCUGGGACCCAGAGCUCCUCCAGAACGCUGUCGACCAAUGCACCAACGAGAGUGGUCGAGUUGAGGACUGUCCUGUUUUCGAUCUCAUCCCAGAUUCCCAAGCCGAAGGCUGUAAGAUCGAACCGGAGGUGGACGAACCCGUCAGUGGUCUUCUGUCUGCCUUGCCCGGCUGCAACCCGGUCCAACCUGGUCCUACAGCGACACCUCAGAGCGGGUGUGGUGCUACCACUGCCAUCACCCCUUCCAAUGCCACCUUUUUCACCGAUCUCACCAGCAAAGGCUGGGCUUACGCUGGAUGUGGCACUGACAAUUACUACAACCGCAUCCUCACCGGAGCUACGCAAGCCAAUGAUCAAAUGACCAACGAGAAUUGCAUUGCCUUUUGCGAGAGCACAGGAUUCUCUGUUGCAGGCACUGAAUAUUCUACCGAAUGCUACUGUGGCAACUCGAUCCCUUCAAGCGGUGCGCCCGUUCCAGGGGUUGUCGGAAACUGCGAGAUGCCGUGUAAAGGAAAGAGCUCUGAGUUCUGUGGCGGCAGUGGCGUCAUCUCGCUAUAUCAGAAGUGUACGGGAGAUUCAUGCACGAAUGCUCAGUUCGGCGGCUCUUCAGCGCCUGUUCAAGCUGCCAACCCUCCUGCUCCUUCAGCCACGGCCUCUGCGGCGUCUGCUCCGGCCUCAUCAUCUGGCGCGGCGGUUGUAUCUGCUGGGGCUCCUUCGUCAGCUCCGGCCGCCGAGUCUCCCACCACACUUGCCACGGUGACGACGUCUAAGGCGGCGGUGGCGGCGGCGAGCACAAUAACUCCGUCCGAGCCACAGGUCCAACCAGUCACCACUGUUUCGGUAAAUACCAAGUCUACUUCUCAACCCGAAUCACCAUCUUCUUCCACCGACCCCGAUUCAGAUGGAGAUGGAGCCGCAAAUCCAUACUCAUCGUACUCAUAUCCCGGUGCUGCUUCAUCUGAAAGUCCAGACUCAGGUGAUGCAGACACCGCGAGAGCGUCCAGCCUCCCUCCAGCCUCAAGCAGCGAAUCUCUCCGUUUCCUCUAUCCUUCCUUCUCCAACGAAGUCAUCCCCACAACCCUGUCGUCUUGA